AUGUCUACCUCUUGGCUUGAAUCCAUCAAGGGCCAGUCCUUUGAGAAUGUCACUGUCGAUGCCAGCGGCAACAUCAACACAGAGGAGUUCAUCCGAGCUGCCAAAUCCCUCGUCACUCUGUUUGAGCGCAUUGGCGGCAUUGCAUUGAACAGUGUCAAGGAUGACAUGACCAACAACAUUGCCGUAUGUCCCCCUCGCCUCGCCCCGCCCCCUCCCCCGUCUCCUCGAGAAGCGCUUCAACGAGGCUCCCGCCGAGUCCCAGACCUGCAAGAUCUUGUCAAGAACGACAAGUCCAAGAAGGCCGCCCAGGGUCUUUUCUGGCUCAAGCUUGCUCUUGACCUCACUGCCACCGCCAUUCGCCGCAACCUCGAUGACCCCGUCGAGGAGCUCAACACCUCCUUCACCUCUGCCUACAAUGACGUCCUGAAACCCCACCACAACUUCCUCGCCAAGAAGGCAUUUGGCUUCGCCAUGAACUCCGUACCAUACCGCAAGGACUUCUAUGCCAAGAUCGGCGUCUCUCCCUACGAGCUCAGUGCCGAGCAAGAGCAGUUCAGCGCGGAGCAGCUCAAGGGUGUCAAGGACCAGCUUAACAGCCCCUUGACUCCCGAGAUUGCAGCUCUGAAGAAUGUUGUGACUAUUCUGAACAACUUUGACGACCUCACAAAGUGCAAAUGA